UUGAAUCAUGUGCUCCUGCAGCAGCAGCAAUAUGGCGGGACUGAAACACAGCAGAAGCUCCUGCUGGAUCUGUGCUGUGUUCCUGAUGCUUGCGGCUCGAGUCGUCGCUCAGACGGACGCCAGUAAUGUGCAGACGGUGGCCGACGCGAACUGGACGCUCAUCCUGCACGGCGAAUGGAUGAUCAAAUUUUAUGCUCCGUGGUGUCCGGCCUGCCAACAUUUACAAACAGACUGGGAGAGCCUUGGAAGACAAAGUGAAAGUCUGGGAAUAUCAGUGGGCAGGGUUGACGUUACACAACAACCAGGUCUGAGUGGGAGGUUUCUGGUUACAACACUGCCGACUAUAUUUCAUGCUAAAGAUGGCAAUUUCCGCAAAUAUGUUUCAUCACGGACUAUUGAGGAUAUCCAGGCGUAUGUUGUGCAGAAGAAGUGGGAAAUGGUUGAGCCGGUGCCAGGAUGGAGGUCUCCAUCCUCUCUUCUAAUGUCAGGAAUGGCUAAUCUCUUUCGUCUCUCCGUGUGGAUCAGACAAAUCCACACGUACCUGACGAAUACUCUCGGUAUCCCUUCCUGGGGCUCUUAUGUGAUUUUUGCCAUCAUUACGCUCUUUAUGGGACUGAUGCUCGGCCUGAUGCUGGUUUUGAUCGCUGACUGCAUUUGGCCGUCCAGACCCAAGCGCAGAGAAAAAACAGUUGUGAUUGUGAAGGAGGAAGUCUCAGAGGAAGAGGUGGAGGACAUCCUGACGGAGGAGAAACACGCAUCUGACCUGGACAAUGAGAGCGAGCGAGUGUCUGGUGACGAGUCGACCGAAGAGGAAGGAGCGAUGAGCGAUGGAGCCACCGCUGGCAGUGACCAGCCUCCGCCAGAGGGGGCAGCAGAGAGUUCAGUGAGGAAACGCAAACCACUGGAGAAGAACACUACUGAUGGAACAUAAAGUCACUGCAGUUGCCACCAAAACAAGAGGAAUCUGCCAUAUCUGUAAGAUAUGCAAAGCAACGCCAGCUAUCAGCUGAUUUCUGCUGAUUUCAUACAUGCAGAACGUGGUUUGCCCAUUCAGUGCUUUCCUCGCGUUUUACCUGCGGUUUAGUUUUUAAAAAUAGUUGCUUAAAUUAAUUGCUGAAAGAUACCAAACAUUGACAGUUUCAUAUUUUCUAUAAAUGCCAAAAAUAUGAAUGAACAUAAAUAGAAUAAUUUAAUGCUGAGGUUGCAAAAGUACCAUGUUUACAGUGUAUUAGGAUGGAUAUCUAAAAAAGGCUCUUAUUUCACUUUAAAAUCAGAAGAAAAGUGCAACCUGUUAAUGUAUAAUUAAUAGUGGUUAUUCUUUUUUUUUUACAUUUUGACAUUGUUGAUGCUGAUUAAGCACAUACAGCAUCACAGGAAUACAUUACUUUUAAAAGAUAUUCAUAUAGAAAAAAAGCGAUUUAAAAAAAAGCGAUUAUUAAAUAUUAAUAAUUUUUCACUAUUACUACUUUUAGUGUAUCUUUAAUCAAAUAAAUGCUGGCUUGGUGAGCAGAAGAGUCUUCUUUCAAAAAUAUUUUUAAAAAAUCAUAAUUAUUGCAAACUCUACACAGUGGUGUGAUUAAUGCAUUUAAAUAUUAAAAUAUGUAUCUUUUUUUUCUUCACUUUUUUAUUAAUUGUGUAAUUGUUAUUUUUGACUUGACUUUUUUAUACUGUAAUGCAGUACACAAAUAUUGUGUUCGAGUAAUAUAAAUAACCGAAAAUUGCAGAACUAAAAAAAAAGGUACUGGUGUGUUACAAUAUUACAAUUUUUAAGAAAUGUGCUUAAUUGUCAUGAAAAUGUUGCAAUGCAAAACCUAUUAAAACUUCUUAUUAUUUUGUUGUGAAAUAUAAAAGCCAUGCUCUUAACAGGUUUAAUGAGAUGCAUGCAUUACACGGUUGUUUUACCACAAUUCCUUAAUUUGCUGUAAUGAUAAACGCUUCCUUGUUUGUUCAUGUUUCACAUUCUUGCGCCACAACUCAGUCCUGACCGUUUCCAGAAGGAAAGGAGUAUUUUUUGCACUAUAGCUUUCACACACACGAUGCAUAUAGUAUUGAAUUGCACAAACUGUCCAUAAUCAUAGUUCCAUAAACACAGCGUAUUAUCAGACAGAUGUUUUGCCUACCAGGUCUCAGGAUAAAUAUUUCUCAAUGAUAUGAAAAUGUUGUUUUGUACAGUGUAGAUUUGUUAUGUAUUCCCUGUAAUUGCAAAUUUAAUUCAUAAAUUGCAAGAUUAACUUUGACAACGUCUUUGGUAUUAAAAUCGGUGCAGUCUUUAAAAAUUGCCUUUCAUUUUUAUACUCUGGACAGACUGUUUAAAUUCUGUGUAGCAAAUAAAUGUUAGUGAUUUACCAGCACGGAAACACACCAGCACAUCUGUUCAAUGUUUCUGUGUCCUUUAUCAUAUGCUGAACAUCUAUUGUCAUUGUAUUGUGUGAGAGAUUGUUAUAUUGUUAAAAUUGUGUAAGCUGUUCACAACUGUUGGGUUUGUGUUCAUUAAACAGUUUGAUAUCAAGCA